CAAGUUACGGCGUGGUUGGGCUUGUGACAACAAAGGAAUCGCCGGCGAGAUUUCAGUCAAAGCUGGUUUCAACUCAUUUUAACAACGCACACACGCCAAGACACAUCAUCCCACAGUUUUGUAACGGUCAUUCAAAUACCUCACUUACAUUUAUUCUUAUAUUAUUAUAAAAGUCAAUCGAUUUAAUUAAUAUGGACGUGUUAGAAGAAACUACCGAUCCAAAGCCAGUUACACAUCAAUCGGACAACGCAUUAGUAUUUCGUGCAACAAUAACAAGUAUAAUGAAAAAUAUCUGCGAGUCUGUGAGUGAGGAAGAAUUUGCAAAAUGUCUCGCGUACUUGAGCUCAAAACCUGCGAUAAUAGGAAAAUUACACAAAAUUCUGAUGAAAGACAUGUACGAGAGUAUGGAGAUAGAGUUGGAAGAAAUUUUAUCAGAUUUAAAUCUAGCCAGUGGUCUUGGGAAAUUGAAGGAGUUAACUGCAGAAACGACACGUCGUCCGGAUGAAAUAGCAUGGAGACCGCCUGGAAACGUUAAAGAGCAUUUAAGAACUCUUGAUGCAAUGAAAAUUAUAGCAGAAAGCAAGAAACUAGAAGAGAUAUUGAGUAAUUUAGAAGCUGAGAAUACUUUACUACGUGAACGAGUUAAAGAAAAAAGAAGCUUAGCUCAUAAAGUUGAAGACCGAGUGACUCGAGCAUUUAAGUCCGGUUCUCUUUCACUUUCACAUAUGGAAAAAACAUCGGAAUCUAUGCAAAAUUAUUUAAAAAUACUUGGGAAUGAUUAAAUUAUUCUUAUUUUCUUAUUAAAAAUCAAUGUAAAUAUUCGUAUUCAAAUAUUUUUAUUGCAUCGUAAAUGUAUGAUAUUAAUCUAUUAUAUUUUAUCAACUAGUCUAAUGAAACUUUGAUUUGUACAGUAUUACACAAGUUUUAAUUACAAUUUAGUUUUUUUUUUGUUACAUAAA